AUGGAGCUUCUUAACACAUACCGCCCUAGCACAGUCCUAGGUCAAGUUUCUAAAAACCUCGACAACCGCCAUAGUGACCUCAGCGUGACUCUUUUCUCUAACCAUGUCCCAUAUGAAGAAGCACUGACUGCGACUUUGAACUGCGUACGUGGACUUCCAGGCCGUAUCCUCCUACCUACGACAAAUCCAGUGCGUCGAGCGCAACUACGAAAGAUGGCCCUACAAGAAAUGUCAAACGACCCUACCCAUUCUUCAUCAAGCCAGCUUAUUCGGACAGCCGGAAAACUAACCCCGGAAGAUCUCCCACAAUCCGCCUCUCCACAUCGCCGUGCUUUGCUAAAGCAGAAGCUUCAAAACGAAAAUACAUCCCCACGGCAAGAUCCCUACGUCCUUCCAGCACGUUCUUUACUUGAGCAGAAUAAGUUAGCCGCUGUGCUUGGUAACAUCGUAGUCACUGCAAUGGAUUUCGAAGAGGGUUUACCAAAAUUUCAACUCGAGGGAGUCCGACUUCUUUGGGAUACGGGCGCCGCAAACACAAUUAUCACAAAGGAUCUCUUCGAUGAUAAAUUCCAAGCUUACCUAUCUGACCCUAUCCACCAGCCAUACAUACAUCAAGGUGAAUCCCGUGUUCAAGUCUCAUUCUCAGUCGAAUUUACAAACACGCUGUUUUCUAUGGACAUUAUUGCGGUUGUUGUGGAUCAGCACGCCGUCCCAAAUGGGCGCUCGGGCAUCAUACUAGGACAAGCAGGGUGUAUCGAUGCACUGCAAUACCGAUCGAUUCCCCGCGCAAUAAUUCAGGCCAAAGGCGAGUCGAUUGAAGAAAAGUACUGGGGGGAGCUAAUCCUGGAAAGCUACGUUGACGUUGAUGGAGAUUUGAAGGCGAUUGUGGGUUAG